CAGCAUAACGUGGGGGUCUCCAAGGCCCUGGAGAAAGUGGGGUGAUGCAGCAGGGGGCACGCCCACAGCUGGAGCUGACCCAGAUGGACAGCUUGGGCUCUGCCACAUGGGACUAGGCAAGGAAGCAGCACGAACAAGCAGGAAGUGGCGAGGCAGUUUCCAGCUGGCUUCUCUCCCCUGUCCAGACUUUGGUUUCCUCCCUGCUGGCCUGGCCUGGCUCCCUGGCUCUGUGUGGUAUGGUCACACCCCCACGCACCCCCUCCACUGAGUUGGGGCGGGGAGAGCACUGAGGCUGCUCUUCCUUUCCUGGGCUGACCUCUGAGCAGCAGACGGGGCUGAGUGUUCCCCAGCUCGCCUCUACACACAGCCCGUGCCACCGCAGCCGACGGCACCAUGAAGGACGAGGUAGCUCUACUGGCCACCGUCACCCUCCUGGGAGUCCUGCUGCAAGCCUACUUCUCCCUGCAGGUGAUCUCGGCGCGCAGGGCCUUCCGCGUGUCGCCGCCGCUCACCACCGGCCCACCCGAGUUCGAGCGCGUCUACCGAGCCCAGGUGAACUGCAGCGAGUACUUCCCGCUAUUCCUCGCCACGCUCUGGGUCGCCGGCAUCUUCUUUCAUGAAGGGGCGGCGGCGCUGUGCGGCCUGGUCUACCUGUUCUCGCGCCUCCGCUACUUCCAGGGCUACGCCCGCUCCGCGCAGCUCAGGCUGGCGCCCCUGUACGCGAGCGCGCGCGCCCUCUGGCUGCUGGUGGCGCUGGCUGCGCUCGGCCUGCUCGCCCACUUCCUCCCGGCCGCGCUGCGCGCCGCGCUCCUCGGACGGCUGCGGACGUUGCUGCCGUGGGCCUGAGACCAAGGCCGCUGGGCCGGCGGAGCCGGGAACGAAGAGCCGGAGCCUCCAGCUGCCCCGGGAAGCGGCGCUCGCCUCCGCAUCCUAGUCUCUAUCAUUAAAGUUCUCGUGACCGAGA